AUGAUCUUUCACCAUUUGCUGGCCCUGUUGGGUCUGGCCACCUUUGGAGCUGCCUACAGUCUCCCUGGCGCCUAUGAGCGACUGUUGCUCUAUUACACCUACCGAAUGGACUUGAUGACUCACGGAACCACGGAAAUCGCGACGGGCUGCCCGGGUUCUGGGGGCAAACCGUGUACGCUGGAAGAAUUCAUCACAUACAUCAACCACGGCGACCUGGUCUUGGAGGAUGAGGCCACGGGCACAGGCAAGAAGCCAACCAAGAAGCCAACCAAGGGCAAGCUAGACCUUGGUCUUAAUCUCAAAGAGGGCGAGCUUCCCCCCGUCAAGAAGACUGCUCAAAUCCUCAUGGAGAAGAAGAUCAACGGGCAGAUCGACCCCCAGAAGGUGGUCAAGGGAACCAAGGGCGAUUACCCCGCACUCUUCAAGAAGAUUGGCGAUUUCAUCUCCAGCAAGUGGACUGCGAAUCCCGUGAAUGCAGGAGACGCUGCCAAGUUCCUGGAAAUCAAGCAGGGUGCGUUCGAUUCCAUGGUGGCGGUGCGGAAUGCUCGCAUGGAAGCUGCCGUGGACUCGUGGAAGCCGGCCGAGGGCUUCGAGGUCAUCAAGAUCUUCGACGACCUGGGAGGAGCCAGCGUCAACAUCAAGGAGAUGGCUUCAAAGAGCGGCAAGAAGAAGACGGAGCUGGUAGAGCUGUUCAAGAAGCACAUCGAGGGCGCCCACCAGGAGAACAUCAAGUACCUCAAGGACAGCGUCGCGCUCGUCUGCGGCAAGGGCGGCACGGUCAGUCCCGGCCGGAAGCGCGAGCUGAGCUGCGGAAGCAACAUCUUUGGCGAGAAAUGGGGCGGCGACAUCGAGGGGGUGUCGAAGCCGUCCGGCCUCGGGGAGGUGUCGAAGCUGGGAAAGGCGGCCGAGAUGGCCGAGGCGGUUUCCGAGAAGGAGUUUGGCGAGCUCGCGUCCAAGCGCGGCCUGAAGGCUCUGGCCAAGGAGAAGUGGUCCAUGUCGCUGUCCGAGGUGCGCACCAAGAUCAACUACAAGGCGCUCACACCCGAGACGCCUAAGCUGGGCAUCAAGGGCGGCACCGUCCUCAACGGCGCGGCCAUGAUCGUCGGCGUCGGCUUCUGGAUCAACGACGUCGUCAACGCCUUCACCCACAACGUCACCGCCCUCGACCGUGCCGCGACCGUGGCCUCCAUCGCCCCCUUCGUCGGCUGCGCCGUCAAGACGGCCGCCGACCUGGACAAGCAGUCCCUCGACAUCGUCGACACCUCGCUCUGCCUGGUCGCCGACAGCCUGCUCUUCACCCCGGCCUUCCCCGUCGCCGUCGUCCUGCACCUCGUCCGCAGCAUCAUGAGCUGGUACAAGCCCCCCGAGCAGCCGACCCUGGACGAGUUCCGCUCCCUCCGCGACGGCGCCUGGAACAAGUACCUCAAGAACGAGGUCUACGCCUACAUCUACUCGCACCCCAACUACUACGAGUUCAAGCACAAGGCUCGUCCCGCGGACAAGACCUUCCUGGAGAAGAUGGAGAGCGCCUUCGCCAUCGAGGAGCUGGCCGUCCUCUCCCAGGGCGCCCAGACCAUCGGCGCGGCCACCGGCAGCGCCCAGGAGGACCUCGAGGCCGCCGCGUCCCCCGAGGACAAGGCCAAGAUUCAGGAGGGCGUCGACGCGGCGGCGGAGCAGCUCCGUCAGGCCGCUCGCAACGAGACCAUCCGCCGCCAUCGCCAGGCCCUCCUGAGCAUGCCCAAGUCGCUCCAGGAAUCGCAGGAGGACUCGCUCCUGAAGACGUCCGACAAGUUCAACGAGAAGUUUACCGACGACCUGGUCUCGGAAGAGAUGGUGAGCAAGUACACGACCAACUACAACGGGGAUGCCAGCCUCGCCUUCGGCGAGAACAGCAACAAGAAGGACAUCACGAAGAUGCUGGAGGGCUUCCGCGACACCCUCUGGGGCGAGCCCCCGGAGCUGCCCAGCUACUUCACCCUCGCCUACAUCCUCGGACAGUCCCGGGCCGUCGCCCCGCUCGACAAGGAGACCCUGUCCAUUUCGGCCUACCUCAGGGAAAAGUUCCCCGAGAUGUCCCCCAGCCAGAUCCAGGAGCUCGGGCUGCACCACACCUUUGAGAUGGGCCUGCUGCUCAACGGCACCAAGACCGAGUCGCAGCUGUCCACCUACUUCCCGACCCAGGACGAGGCCGCCCGCAAGGAGCUGCAGACGCUCGUGGCGCUCAAGUUUGGCCGCGUGUACGACGACUGGAAGAUGGAGCAGAUGGGCAGGCAGCUGCCGGCCGGCCUCAUCCUCGACACGCCCGAGUUCAAAGGCCUGAAGAUGGAGCUGAUCCACCCGCAGAUCCCGCCAUACAACGGCGCGGCGAGCGCGGGCUACGCGGCGCUGGUGGCGGGCAUGACGACGGCGCUGGCGGAGAGCCUCAAGGAGAACGCGGAGGCGCUGGGCAAGAGCGCCGGCGCGCGCUCCAUCAUGGACCAGUCGGCGAAGCUGGAGGGCCUGAUGCCGGGUGAGAAGCAGGCGGCGGCCAAGUUGAGGAGGGCGCUUCCCAGGUCGAGCAAGGAGUACCGUGCGCAGCUCGUGCGGGCUUAUUAG